AAUCUAAAAAUAUAUUAUACUUACAAAAAGAUAAAAAUGGGUCUUUUAUGGAGUGCAUACGUUACACAUCCCGAUACAAUGCCAGAAGCUGAAACUGCACCGACAUUUAAUUCGUUGUACGGAUUUGAAAAUGGUCGAAAAGAGAGAGUUAUGGUAGCUACGGAGACAGAAAUGAGGGCAGCGAAAUUACCAAAAAGAUACAGAGAUUAUUGUGCGCAUAAACUUCUACAAUUGGAAGACUGUAAAAAAUAUAAUUUUCCAAUGAUAAGAAAAUGCAGCCAUGAAAUGCAUGAAUGGGAACAAUGCCAAUAUGAAGAUUAUGUCAUGCGAAUGAAGGAGUUUGAAAGAGAACGCAGGCUUUUAGAAAGACAGAAGAGAAAGCAACAAGCAGCUGCUGCUUGAAAAAGCUGUUUCGUAGAUCUAUAGGAAUUUUAAAAAUUAAUAAUUGCUCGUAAUUUAGAA